AUGGCCACUCCAGGGCCCCCAUCGCCCGGCACCGGGGCCACCCACCAGGCCGGUUCGCAUGCUCGCGGUCGUUCCAAUAGCCCUCUGGGAGGCUUCGGUCUUUCGAAGCGCGACAAGCGACGUUCCGCUCUGCAAGAACGGUUGCAAGAUUUGACAACGGUGUUUAGUCAAAACCGCGAUGCUCAAUUCCGUCAACAGCUUCAUGGGCUGCAAUGCGACAUGACCCUCAUUAACAACGCGAAUCCCUACCUUCCUGGCCCAAUGCCAGACUCUUGGGAAGAGAUCUCAGGGCUCAUUGAGGACACUGUUGGCGGCGGCAACUUUGCCCGCGAGAUGGCAAGUCUGUCGGGGAGCUGGUAUGCCAAGUUUGUGCAGGAGGUGAACAACAUCAAGGAAGCCAAGGACUCGGACCUCGCGGCAGCAAUGGUCCGCCACCGCGACAGCCUUGGACGCUACCGUCGAGACCGCGAUUUUCGGGCACGCUUUGCGCAUGAAGAAUUCAGCCACCUCGCCAACACCCUCCGCGAGCGCCUUAUGCAGAGCAUCUCUUCCAAGCGCUCUCGUCUCACCCGUGAGAAAGAUCAUCUCGACAUAGCAGACACCAAUGCUCUGCUUCUCCACCCCAACCAGUUCAGCAUCACCAACCCCGCGAGCCCAGGCGGUGUCCACAGCAAUCGCAAGACUCGUCACACUCGACACCGCGUGGACCUAGAUGACCUGGGCAAUGGCAUCGCCUCGGAGACGAACAAGCGUAAGCGCAAGGCCCCGGAGGAAGACACUGGAUCUCCCGCGCGGGACACGGGCGGCACAACCCCGGCCGAGCGAUCCAAGGUUGUUUUCGCCCAGCAGUCUGCACCCUCAUACUCGCUGCACUCCCUCUUCACAGACAAGGAGCUCAGCACCCACGCCAACCACGCGCACGUCGCAACCGUCCAUUUCUUCUCCACCUCCAAGCGUUCCGAGGUCCCGGGCACAACAACCAACGGCAACAAUACCGAGGCCGAGGACACCCCCGAGGCGACGGAAGACAAUUCGACCCCGAUGGCACCGGACAUGGCGCGCACAGCAAGCCACAACUUUCACUCAACGCGUUCGACCCGCGGGACCGCCGCGAACGCCCUCUCCACCCUCGCCGAGCUGGCUGACAAGCCCGCAACCCGGCCCCCGCUCCCUUACCAUAUUCUGGCGAACUACACGGCCCGUCCCAACGGCAAUGCUCCGCAGCUGGCCUCGCUGCUUAAUGACGAAGUCGACGACGAUGUGGCUCGUAUUGAGCGCCUCCGGGCGAAACAGCCCGGCUGGAUCGACUCGUCGCUGCUGGAGCUUGUCGUUGGGGAGCGCGACGACGUGGAGUCUCGCCCAACAUCCAUGCACCCGGAUUUCCCCUCGGCAUCGGGCCUGCAGCUGAUACCCGCCCAGGGGAACCUAGGUGCAGAGAUGUUCCCAUCGAUGGCUAUGGAACGGGAGCGGAGCAGCAAGCGAACUCGUCAGCAUUAG